UGAGUGUGAGCCGGGGAUAGUGAGCAGACUGAGCCGGGCAGAGCCGCCAAGAUGCCGCUGGAGAACCUGGAGGAGGAGGGUUUGCCGAAGAACCCGAGCCUGGCCAUCGCACAGGCCCGCUUCCAGCUGACACUGGGCCCGGAGCGCGCAGUCCCCGCCGUCCGCGGGCAGCUCAUGGACGCCGUCAGGGACAACCAUAUGGCUCCAUACUAUGAACAGCUCUGCAAAGAUGUCGGAUGGCCAGUUGACACAGACCUCUUGAGCAAAAUGAAAAAGGCAAAUGAGGAAGAGCUAAAACGCCUGGACGAUAUACUAGCAGAUGCUGAAACAAAUCUUGGUGAAAGUGAAAUCAGAGAUGCUAUGAUGGCCAAGGCUGAGUACCUCUGCCGGAUAGGUGACAAAGAAGGUGCUUUGACAGCCUUUCGGAAAACGUACGACAAGACUGUGGCUCUGGGACAUCGCCUAGAUAUUGUGUUUUAUCUGCUGAGGAUUGGCUUGUUUUACAUGGAUAAUGAUCUGAUUACACGUAACAUUGAGAAAGCUAAAAGCUUAAUUGAAGAAGGUGGUGACUGGGAUAGAAGGAAUCGUCUAAAAGUUUACCAAGGGAUGUAUUGUGUGGCAAUUCGAGACUUCAAGCAGGCGGCAGAGCUGUUCUUAGACACAGUCUCCACAUUCACUUCCUACGAACUCAUGGAUUACAAAACCUUUGUAACCUACACUGUUUAUGUCAGCAUGAUUGCGUUGGAGCGACCUGAUCUUCGUGAAAAGGUCAUCAAAGGCGCUGAGAUUCUUGAAGUCCUGCACGGCCUUCCAGCGAUUCGGCAGUAUCUGUUUUCACUGUACGAGUGUCGAUAUGGAGUUUUCUUCCAGUCCCUUGCCACGGUAGAACAAGAAUUAAAGAAGGACUGGCUCUUUGCCGCUCACUAUCGCUACUAUGUUCGUGAAAUGAGGAUCUUGGCGUAUAGUCAGCUGUUGGAAUCCUAUCGCUCAUUAACGCUUACGUACAUGGCAGAAGCAUUCGGUGUUGGUGUGGAGUUCAUUGAUCAGGAACUCUCUCGUUUCAUUGCUGCUGGUAGGCUACACUGUAAAAUAGACAAAGUGAAUGAAAUCGUAGAAACCAACAGGCCUGACAGUAAGAACUGGCAGUACCAGGAAACCAUAAAGAAAGGAGAUCUGCUGUUGAACAGAGUCCAAAAACUCUCACGGGUGAUAAAUAUGUAAUGGUCAAUAACUCCACAACGGCCAUUUAGUUUUUGAAUUGUUCUAGUUAUUUCUCUUACUAUUUACAAAUCAUGGGUUUAGUUUAUGCCAUUGUUGAACCUUAUAUGUAUUAAACUUUGUAGUUUACUUGGCUGAUGUGUAAACAAUUUGAGCAAUGUAUAUAAAAUAAACACCCAGAGCACGUUUUCAAAAAUAUCUCAAGUAUCUCAAAGGAAAUUGGAAUUCCAGCUUAAAUACCAAUUUUAAGAUGUGUUUGCGAACGUUGCUCUGGGAAAUUAAAUGUUUCAAACUGU